CACUUACCUCACAGGCAAAUGACUAAAGGUAAGAGUCAUGCAACGUUAAUCCAAAAAUAAAGAAGAGAAAAGCACGCAGGAGUGGCCCGUGUCUGGGAGCUGAGAAACUAAACAAAUACGCAUGUGCAAAUGAUCAUGGCGGCGCCCAUGGUGCCAUAGAAAUGUUCCGGUAGUAUCAUAGGGCUGUCAGUUACUCUCCAUAGCCAGUUACGCGCUGGAAAACAUACAGCAGGUUUUGUUUGCACUUACAUGACAAGUUCGACAUGUCUGCAACCGAAGAGGACACAGAGUUGCGGGAUCUUUUAAUUCAAAAUUUGGAAAACAGUGGAGUUCUAAACAAAAUCAAGGCGGAGCUGAGGGCGGCUGUGUUUGUGGCCUUAGAGGAGCAGGAAAAACAGGAGAAGCCUCCACUGGACAAUGAAUGUCUUAAGAAAUGCCUCAACACCAAAGAUGGGCGUCUGGCAGCCAGCCUCAUCUCAGACUUCCUGCAGGUGUAUAACUUAGACUUCACUCUGGCUGUCUUCCAACCAGAGAUCAACUUGUCUGUAGAUGUGCGAGAGAGUGUGUGUCGAGACCUGGGUGUACAUGAUGGCGAUGGCAACAGGAGUAGUCCUCUGCUACUGGAGGUUAUCAGAAGGAGCCGCCAUAGAGAGAAAUCCUUCCCUACCACCAAUGAGGGGGAGAAAGUCUCACAGAUGGCAAAGGAACUGUCUCCACGUCAGAUUGCAGAGGCCCGGAGGAAGUUUGAUGCACAUUCCAAGGACAAAACUGGAGUGAAGACUGAGGAACUCACUGCUGUGUUUGUAGAUGUGUGUCCAGCCUUCAGCCGGAGUAUGCUGGAGUGUUUUGUCAAAGAUGAGUUGGCUGCCAGAGACGCAAGUAGCAUGGUGGACUUCCAGGAGUUCCUGGGAAUAUUGAAACGUUUCUUUAUGCAGUGUCGUAGUGUGGUAAUGUCUGAUGCAGGUGACGCCCCUUCCUCAGCUGUCCGAGGGUUCGAAGACCGGAUCAGCAGCCAACCACUUAGCCGGGUCCUGUCUGAUGCAGGGGACACACCGCCUACAGCUGUUAGAGGGUUAGAGGACAGAAUUAGUGGCCAUUCACUCAGUCGGGACACAGAGAUUCCCAGAUUUAAAGGCCAACCUGUGGAAUUGGACACACAGGCUUCAGAGGUCAAAGGUCAGGUGGGUGGUGCUGCAUUGGGCGACGGGGUCGGAGGCUCACAGAGGAAGACAGCUGAGUUGCAGGAGGAAGAGGAUGAUGAAGGAGACUCCUUCUUUGACGACCCUCUGCCAAAACCGCAGAAGACCUACGGCUGUCGCCUCUCCUCUGUGGACCGGAGUGUGUCUGAGAAAAGCAUCAGUCAGAGAGAUAAGCAUCGGUCCACUGGAUCCGAGGGAAGAGCAGCAGGGGGAGCUGUCUCUGAUGCUUCAAAGAAGACAGACCGGAACGAUGAGGAGGUGAACUAUGAUGAUGACUUUAACAGCCAUCGCUCGGAGAACUCUCGCAGUGAGAUCAGCAUCGGAGAGGAGAUCGAGGAAGGUUCCCUCGAAGGCCCUGACUUUAGUGAGAAGGUUGACAGUACUCUGGAUGUUAGUGUAUCCCAGCUGAGUGAGGGAGCUGAUUACCUAGAAGAGGUUUCCUGAUUCCACCCUGACCCUUUCUCCUACCCCUAGCCUUUACCCCUUACCCCUAACCCUAACCUUUACCCCUACCCCUUUACCCCUUACCCCGUAUCUAUACCUCUGAGUGCCACUGCUGGUGUGUGUGCCGUGUUCUACAACUCUGUUAAAGCCUCUAUGAUGUUAAAGUAAAUAACGUGCCCUUUUCAAAUAAAAGACUCUUGUAUUGUCUCUGA